CGUCGAUAGACAGUAGGAAUCUGUUUGAAUCCCAGCUGAGUUGUCAUUGCUUUCGUUUUCCACAGGGUUAAGUUGCACCACGACCACGAGAUGAAUAGCAGAUCAGGGGAUUCCAUAAUCUCACCGCCUUUGAAGAAGUGGUACGAUGAAUAUUCCAAGUCUCCUGAUCAUCAAAAGUCGGGUAAAACCGAAGUGGAAAUUCUGGACUUGAAAGCAGAGGCUAAAAGACAUUUAGAGGCAGAGACAGCAGCGUAUCAAUUGAAAAAAUCAAAAAUCAAGGACUCUGAGUACGACUGGCUGAAGACAGCCUCCCAGCGAGGAACUAUCAAGGACAAGGUGGCAGCAUCAAUCUUGCUGAUCCAGGAAAAUCCAAAGUACAAUCUUCCACGCUUGGCGGCCCUCGUGGGUCAGGUGAAGGGUCUCUUUAAAGUAUAUAAACAGGGAGAGCAGGAGAGAAACUCGAAAAAACAAUCACUGAUCAACGACGUUAGGGAUCUAUUCCUAGAAGAUCUCCUCCAUCCAGAGUUCAAGCUCCUGAAAUUUGACGAGCAGAAGCUCGAUGAAUUGCCAUCAGCAAAUGACUUCGAGACCCCGAAGAACCAGAAGUUCAUCCCCAGGAGUCGUUUGCUGGCUCACUGGUACUUCGAGGAUCAGCUGAAGGAUCAGUACGAGAAGCUAUUAACUUCAUUGUCCUCAGUAGCUGCUGAAAAUGUUGAAAUGAAUCGAGAGAAAGCUGUUGGGGUGAUGACAGAUCUCCUCAUAUCGAAUCCUGAGCAGGAGCAGAAGAUUCUGGAUUUCUUGGUGAAUAAAAUUGGAGAUCCCAAGUCUAAAGUAGCAUCCAAGGCUGUUUUCUGUUUGAAUAAAUUACUAUUGGAGCAUCCCAAUAUGAAGUUGAUAGUCCUGAAGAAUAUUGAGAGGCUUCUGUUCAGAACUAAUGUUGCGCAGAGGGCCCAGUACUAUUCUAUUUGCUUGUUGAGUCAAUUUGUCCUGGAAAGAGGCGACUCUGAGGUCGCUACAACUCUAAUCGACGUUUAUUUCGCCUUUUUCAAGGCUUGCUUGAAAAAAGGCGAGCCUGACAGCAGGAUGAUGGCUGCUAUUUUGGCAGGAGUUAAUAGGGCCUAUCGAUUUGCUGACUUAGAGUCUGUGAAAAUUCAUGAACAUAUCGACUCGGUCUACAGAGUCGUCCAUGUGGGUUCUUUUAAUGUCGCGUUGAAUGCACUGGGUUUGUUGCAUCAAGUCACCAAUAAUAAUCCUGCCCAAGAGAAUCGCUUCUACACAGCUUUCUACAAGAAGCUACUGGACCCCCAGAUAGGGACAGUAGCGAAGCGAGCAGUUUUUCUGAACCUCCUCUACAGGGUGAUGAAAUCUGAUAAGAACACGUCUCGUCUUUAUGCCUUUGUAAAACGAAUUCUCCAAGCUUCGAUGUUCUUCCCAGCCUGCAUGGCCUGCGCCACCCUCUACUCCAUCUCCCAGCUUUUCAAAUUUCGAAAAGACCUCAGACAGAUGAUUCUCAAAUCUCCAGUUGUCAUCAAAGUCGAGAAGGAAGACCCUGAGAGCUCCACGACACAAGAGGAAAGUCCGACAGAGUCUGAAAACGAUGAAACCAAAAGGAAAACACAGGAAGAGGAUCACGAAUCACAUGAUGAUGUCCAGCAUAUCGACAAUACACUUGUCCUCUCGAACGUCGUAUCAACCCCAGUGGAGCCAACCAAUCCUGAGGAUGAAGAUAAAAAGGACAUAGUUAAGAUCGAAGAGGACACGAAUCCCUUUUACGAUCCGUUCUCGAUGAAUCCCUUGAGGUCUGGUGCAGUGAAGGCUCCUGCAGUCGAACUCGUGUCUCUUCAUUCCCAUUUUCAUCCCAGUGUUUCUCUGUUUGCCUCGAAAAUGAUCGAGGGGAAGGCGAUAGAGUACACUGGCGAUCCUCUGGAGGAUCUGACGCUAAUAAGAUUCCUGAAUAGGUACGUCUUCAAGAACCCGAAGAAAUUGGAGGCAAAGAAGGUGUCGAAGGCAAAUGAUCCUCUAGCUGUGCGAGGACGGUACACACCCAAGGGCCUGAGGUCCCUUCCUGUCGACAGUCUGGCGUAUCUCAAUGAAAAGGAAGAACGCAUUCCUGUGGAUGAGCUCUUCCUCUACAGGUAUCUCAAGAAGAGGAAUGAGACGAGAGGCGUUAAGGAGGAAGAGGAUGUUAGUGAUAAUGACAGCGUUAAUAGUGAAGAGUUCAAUGAGAUGAUGGACCAACUGAGAGGGGAGAAGGAUGUCGAGGAGCUGGACAUUGCUGGGGACAUUGGAGCUCAAGUCAAGAAAGGUGGACUAAAAAAUAUUGAAGACGAUGAAGACCAGGAUGACGAUGACGAGGGGUCUGACGAGGCAGGAAGGGAUGAAGACGACAGCUUAUACAACGACGAUGGGGAUUCGAUGGAUGAUGAUGACCUCGACGAAGGCAGUGACCUCGACCUCGACGACAUUGACGACGAAAACGUCAGUGACAUGGAGUUCAAUGAUUCAGACGACGAACCCUUGCCCCUGAGAGCUAAGAAAUCCAAAAAAUCGAACGAUGACAAUCCAUCCCAGAUGAAGAAAAAGGGAAUGGACAACGUCUUCAUGUCUGCUGAGGACUUCGCAGAGAUGUUAGAGAAGCAAGGAAAAUCAAAACACAAGUCCGGAGGGUCCAAUGCUCUCAGUGACGUCGACGGAGCCAGUGCUAAACAACUGGACUGGGAAAUUGGCCGACAUCAGAAGUUGUCAGGGAAAUUUGGCGGAAGUAAACGAAAGUUCAAUAAUAAAAAUGGAUUUCACGGGACGAAACAUGUCAAGAAGUUCAAAAGAAAAAAUGAAUCAUUCAAAUAAAAUGGAUUGAAAGAAAUA